AAUACAACACAGGUUGCGAGCCAAACGGGAUUCGACCUUAAACAUUUAUCCUUGACAUUUUGAUUGAGCAAAGAUGUAUUAUGGAUCAAUUGAGGGAAAAAUCGUGAAAAGAGAUUUUUUAUUUUCUUUUUUAAUAACAAAACUAGUCACACGAGGGAGAUGUGUACUGUGUGUCGUCUGCUACAAAAUCAGCUGUUCGUUGACAAUUUUAGUGUUUUGCAAAUACAAAUAUUUCAUUAAAAUUGUUAUUUAAUAGAAAUUUAAUUUUAAUCAAAUAAAAUGAAUGUGACUAUACUUUAUGGAAGUGAAACCGGAACUGCUCAAGAUACAGCAGAACAAAUUUGGAAAAUUGCCAAGAGAAACAAUUUAAAAUGUUACAUCUCCUCUAUGGACGAAUACGAUAUUCAAAAUUUAUUAAUCGAUCAACUUAUUAUCUUUGUUGUGGCAACAACAGGACAAGGAGAAGUUACAACAAAUAUGAAACGAUUUUGGAGAUUUUUGUUACGUAAAAAUUUACCAACUGAUUCGCUAAAACAUUUACGAUUUGCAGUAUUGGCUCUUGGUGAUAGCUCUUAUCAAAAAUAUAAUUAUGCAGGCAAAAUGCUUAAUAAACGUCUCACACAAUUAGGAGCCGUUGAAUUAAUUUCUAUUGGAUUAGCAGAUGAUCAACAUGAUUUGGGAAUCGAUGCUGUUGUUAGUUUAUGGAUUCAAGAUUUAUGGAAUAAGAUUUCAGAAAUAUUUCACAUUUCCAUUAGUCAAAUGACAAAUUACGAAAGUCCUGUAAUUGAAAAAUUCACUAUUAACAUUAUUGAAAAAGAAGAUUCGAAAAUUUCUCUAAAUGAUAAUAUUUAUUUGAAAGAGGUUCAAGUAAAUGAAUCCUUAAAAAUUGGAACUGUUAUUGAAAAUACAAGAACUACUGCAAAAGAUCAUUUUCAAGAUGUAAGACUAAUUAAAUUUAAAACCCCAAAUGUUGAAUAUCAACCAGGUGAUGUUUUGCAAAUAAGACCAAAAAAUUCGGAAAAACAGGUACAAAAAUUCUUUCAAGUUUUACACGAGAAUAAUGUUAAUAUCGAUCCAAAUAUGAUUAUACGUAUUAAAGAGAAAGAAAUUAAAGUUCCUGUUGUUUUACAACAAGAUUUAAGACUCAAAGAUAUUGUAGAACAAUAUUGGGAUCUGAAUUAUAAACCACGAAGAUCAACAAUUCAAACAUUGGCAUUUAUCAGUGAAAAUCAAUUGGAAAAGGAAAAAUUAAUAGAAUUUACAAUGCCAAAUGGUCAAGAGGAUCUUUUUAAUUAUAUUAAUCGACCACGGAGAAAUAUUGUUGAAAUGUUGGCCGAUUUUCCCCAUACAACAAGUAAAUUAACAUUGCAAUUACUUUUUGAAAUUAUGUCAACAAUAAAAUCAAGAGCAUUUAGUAUUGCAUCGAGUUUACGACAAACACGUGAUGAAACACAUAUUUUAGUUGCUAUUGUUAAAUAUAAAACAAAAUUAAUUGAAUCAAGACUUGGCCUAUGUUCGAAUUGGUUGGCAAAUUUAAAUGUUGGCGAUUCUAUUAUUUAUUGGAUACAAAAAGGGACAUUUAAAUUUAAUAAUACGAAACCAAUGAUUUUAAUUGGACCCGGAACGGGAAUUGCACCGUUUCGUUCAUUAUUAUUAGAGAAAGCCAUUAAUGAAAGAAAUUUAAAAAAUUGUCUUCUUUUCUUUGGAUGUAGAAAUCAAGAUAAAGAUUAUCAUUGUCGGCAAGAUUUUGCAAAAAUGUGUAAAAAUAAUAAUUUAAAAAUGUUUUGCGCUUUUUCACGUGAUCAAGAGGCGAAAAUAUAUGUUCAACACAUAAUACGAUUACAAGGACAAUUAUGUUGGGAAUUUUUGUGUAACGAUGCCAAUAUUUACUUGGCCGGUUCAGAACCAGUUCGAUUGUCACCUGGUUGGGAAGGAACUGGUAGGCCAGACGACGAAUUAAAUUUUAAGGACAUGACAAUGGACCAAUUAGAUCUGGAAUUAAAUCCUCCCAAGGAUCGAUUAAAUAUAGUAUAUUUUAUUAUGCUUCUACAUGGAAUUGGAACUUUGAUAUCGUGGAAUAUGUUUAUAACAGCAUUUGAUUAUUUCACGGAUUUUAAAUUGAGCAGCGAGUCUCAGCCAAGAUAUAAAAAAUCUUUUCAAGAGGAAUCCGCAUUGGCAGCACAAAUACCUAAUCUUAUUUUCAGUUGGAUAAAUAUUUUUGUCCAAUUAGGAGGAAAUUUAACAACACGAAUAGUUUGGGGAAUAUUUGUACAAGUAUUAAUAUUUGUAUUUACAAUUGUCCUGGCAAUGACUGAUACAAGCGCUUGGAUUCCAGAAUUUUAUUGGACCACUAUGAUUACUAUUAUAUUAUUAAACACUGCAAAUGGUAUUUAUCAAAAUUCCGUUUAUGGAAUGGCAGCUAAAUUACCUGGUAAAUAUACAGGUGCUGUUGUAUUAGGCUCGAAUAUAAGUGGUACAUUUGUGUCGAUUAUCGAUUUAGUUUCCAAAAUAUUAUCUCCAAAUCAACGUACAGCCGCUAUUUAUUAUUUUAUAACUGCUCUUUUCGUACUUCUCGCUUGCUUCGAUACUUACUUCGCUCUUCCAAUAAACAGGUUUUAUCGAUAUCAUGAACUUCUUGCCCAAAAAGAAGUGAAUAAAAAGAGAAUAGGUGGCAAGGCAAGAGGAAAACCAGAGAGACCACCUUAUUUUACAGUUUUUAAACAAUGUUGGGUACAAUGUUUUAAUGUAUUUUUCAUUUUUUUUGUUACGCUUGCAAUUUUCCCGAACGUUGCCAGUAACGUUCAUCAUUCAGAUUCAAAUUUCAUAAUUUCUGAUAAAUAUUAUGCAAGCGUUAUGUGCUUCCUUACAUUUAACGUCACAGCCAUGAUUGGCAGUUUCUUUGGAUCAAGAUUCCAAUGGCCGAGUAAAAAGUAUGUGAUCAUUCCCAUUGUCUUGAGAGUUUUAUAUAUUCCACUUUUCUUGGUUUGUAAUUAUCAAGUGAAAGACAUGACGAGAACGAUUCCCGUUUUAAUUAACAAUGAUUGGAUAUAUUUAGCCAUUGGCAUUACAAUGGGAUUCACAAGUGGCUAUUUUUCUUCCAUGACCAUGAUGUUCUGUUCUAGUACGGUAGAGCCACAAUAUGCCUCGACAGCCGGUAUGUUAGGAGCAGGUUUUUUAAUAACUGGAAUUGUUUCGGGAUUGACUUUCACUCGCCUAAUGCCCUAUUUGGUUACUUGGACAAUUUAUCAAAAUAUUUGAGUUUUACUAAUGGAUAAUUUAGGGAAAUUUUUCAACCCAAAUUUUAUCGAUUUAAAAGGAUAACGCGAUAAAUAAAAAGAACCAUAAAUUCAAUUUGUAAAGAAUUUCAUCGACAAUUGUUUAAAACCUUCGCAUCCGUGACUGUAUAAUAUUAUAUCAAGUCACAAAGUCCAGUAGUCACAAGGACUGAAAAAUAUUAAAUCGUAUUAAGUUACAAUCUCGUCAGCAAAAAAAAAAAAAAGGAAGCGACAAAAUCACUUUUUAUGGAAUAGCAUUUACUCGAUUGACAAUUUGUCAAACCAAAAUGCCUUAAUUGAUGAAGAAAAAAAAGGAAUGUUAAGUCUCUUUUUUGGAGAUUUUUGAAGCCGCUUUAAAUGCACAUUUGAUUAAAAAAAUAUAUAAUAUUUUAAUUUUUAUACGUCGUUUAUAAAAAAAAAAAAAUGAUUCUUUUACAUGUUAAAUUGAUACUCAAUUUUGCCAUUAUUUCCAAAUACAUAUACAUAAAAAUGUUAAAUUGACUGUUGAAAGAGAGUAAAAAAAAGUGCGAAAUAUGUACUAUUAUAGAUUUAAAAUGUUUUGUUGCAGUUUAUCUUAGAAAUAAUUUUUUUUUUUUGCAUCGUUACUGGACUUUUUAUACCGUCAUUUUUUAUCUUUAUAUAUAAAAAAAAAACUGUUAUCAUUUAAGGUAUCUGCGAACUUGUACUUGUUGAGACACAAAGUUGUGGAAAAUAAUCCGUUACGCUUCGUAUAAAUAAUAUACGGAAGAGGAAUUUUUAAUAUCUUACAAUUAGAUAAAUUUAUAUUUUCUUUUGUUUUUUAGAAAAAUAGAUAUAACUAUUUUCAAACUAUUUUUAUCUACGAUUUAUGUCUCUUUUUUUUCUAUACUUGAGGUAAUUUGCCUUUCGAUUCGCUUUGAAAAAUGUUUAAUGAGCGAAAAUUUUCAAGAAACAAAUAUAAUUCUACUUUUUUAAA